AUUUUAAAAAGAGAAGUGCUUUGCCUGAUUUGUGCUUUUAAUGCUUGGACACUGAAAAGAAUCUUCCUGGCUGGUGGUUUAAAUUCGUGAAUUGCAGCUGUAGUUUGGCAGACGGGAGUUUUAGUUUAGCCAUCCUCUGUGAGUCGCUUAAACCACCAUGCAGAGUCCCGGUGUGGACUUCACUGCACGUGCAGUAUGGCGAGGGGCGUAAAAGGGAGAACUAGUCAUUGGGGGUGCGGUCGUCAUAAAGCAUAGUCGAGGUACACGAGGUUCUUACCUGGAGCCAGUUCCGUGCUGUUCCCGCGGUCCCCGCUGAGAUUUGUAGUGUCCGCGAGAGUGUACUGUGGGCGGGCGGAUGUGUAGGGGCUUCCAUUUAUUACAGAGACAGUUGAAGCGAGGACGGGACAAGCGAAGAAAUGUUACCCAUAUGUCCAGCUGUGUAGGGGUUAAUAUGCUGCCUUGAUGGAGAAUUUCUUGAACUGAGAAAUUACCUGCUCAAACCAUGAGCAUCAUUCAGGAUUUGGUCCUACCUUGUGCCUGCUGUUGACCUGAUGUGCUCCGGGCCCCACAACCCUAAAUUGGAAUAAGACAUUGAAGGACAAUUACUUAAUUCAUCGACCUCUUUUUCUAUGAUGCUUCAGAAUCUCUCCAGGCAUGCUGAGACCCAACAGAUGGAAGAGACGGUUUCCAGAGGCUAUACUGGCAAUUUUUCAGGUGUGUUUGCAGCAGGGGAAGUUCCCAGUGAAAUACAGGAUGACAUCAGAAUUUCUGAGGAGAUGAUAUUUGGUAAGGAUAUCACUGUAGACACUACAAUGGAAGAUGGAGUUGGCGCAGAAGUGGAAUUGCAUGACGGAACAGACCCUGUUGAUACAGACACAGUGGGAAAAGAAGUGAUAGACAGAUCAGGGUGGCCAAGCACAUUUCCAGAUUCAAGCGAGGAAGAGGAUUUUGAUACAUAUAAAGAAACAAAAGAAUGGAAUUUAAAAGAAGAGAGAAAAGAAUUUGCACAUUGUGGAAGGGGUGGCCUAAAACCAACCACACCCAGUGCAACUCUGUACCCUGGAGACGUUUGGAUGAACCCUGCCCCUGGAAAUAACCGAUAUGCAACUAUGUCCAAAGGUGAACAUUUAUGCAAAGAGUGUGGCAAAGAUUUUUCCACCUUAAAGGCCCUUUCAGAACACUUUCGAACACAUCUUUUGGAGAUGGUGUGCAAUUUCUGCAAAAUAGUUUUCCGUAGAGUUGUUUCCCUCAACAUUCAUCUGACUAAUGCGCACAAAAGCACCUCAUUAAUUUGUCAUUGUGGAAAUAGUUUUAGCACAGUAUGGGAACUCAAUUUACACCUACCCAUCCACUUUGAACAGAAAAUGUUUCAAUGUGACCUUUGCUAUAUGUCAUUCCAGUCUAAGCUGAAUUUAACCCGGCAUUGGCACAUGCAUGCCAAAGUUCCAGGAACAGAAAACAUGGGACCUAUAUUGUCAGAUGCUAUCAAUUUAGCCAAUACUAGAAAAGCACUCUCCUUAUCUACAUCUGUAGCAACUCCAGUAACAGAAAGACCUGUCAACCAGCAACAUCAAAAAACAGAAAGCUGUACUGUCAGUCAUUUUGUAACCCAGGGAAAACCAGCUGUAGACUCUCAGGCAGUUCCUCUAUCAGCAGAAGUAUAUAAGAAAGUAAUAGAUUUUGCCAAUCAAAAUUGCAUUGGCCAAACUAAACCACUCUCUGAGAAAGACGAUCACUCUUAUGCAAUAGUGAUGCGGCACAAAGCCAUAAAAGUAGGCUUUUUGCCUAAUAAUAUUCCUAAAUGUGCAGUAGGAAAGAAACUUCGAAUUUUAGUAAUCAGAAAUGUUAAUUCCAAUGAAGUGAAUGCAGCUGAUCAUGAAAAUGAAAAUACGGUGAAUAAGGGAACAUUAUUGGAAGCCAUUGUUGAAGACAGAGAAAAAAACAAUGACAACAAUAAGGCCUAUUUGGAAGUUGAAGGGCAUGAAAUGAAUGAAGACCCUGAAACAUUAAACGUAGAUAUGAGAAGCCAUGUAAAAAUACUUUCAGGAAAAAUGGAUAAAGCUGCUGAAGAUGAAAUAAAAUUGAGCCUUGAAACAUCAGGCAGAAGACUGAGAAAUAGAUUAAAAGAUGACAAUGCAACCUGUAUGACAGACCUUGAAAAAAGACCGAAUGAAGUCCAAGCAACUUCGAGUAGUGCUUUAGAACAAAGAGCACCUUCCGACCAUGAAGCAUAUGUAAAAAGUCUAGGGUGUUACUCAAAUCAAGCCUAUGGAGACCAUGAAUCUUAUGUAAAAUCUUUUAGUCGGAGCCCUAUUAAGGAACAUGGUCCCUUGGGUGACCAUGAUGCAUAUGUGAAGAUUCAGAGACGGAAUGUAAAGGACGCACAAAAUGUUUCUGGGGAAACCUUGACACAGUUUAGAAAAGAAACAGACAAUACUACUGUGAGACCACAGACCAAUAAUGUGCAUGAAGUUUCAAAAGGUGAUUCUGGACCAAACAUUAAUUUGGUUUCUUUCAAAGUAGAGACACAAUUGGAGGAAUUUCCAGAGGAAGAUGUGAAGCCUGACCCUUCUACUCUUGUGCCUCCACCACCUUCUCUCUCAGUUACAGGCAGUUUUCCCGAACCUCAACCACCUUCUCUGGCUAUAAAAGAAGAAGAUACACCAGUGCCAUGUCUGACCAAUUCAGAACUCCAAGGUAAGAAUGAAGGGCAAAAUAAAACUUCCAUGAAAAACCUCAAUGCAGCUUCAGAGACUGAGUCAGUUCUUUCUGAUGUACUUCUCUCAGAUGGUUCAGAAGGUGACAGUUCAGCAAAGGAUGAUGCAGAUUUUGACCCAGAUGAAUUGUCUGGCUCCUUGAGUGACUCCAGUGGAAAUUCCAGUGGAUCAUCCUACAGACCAAAAACACGUUUGUCAAAGAUGAGAAUGAAACCAGCAAAAUUGCCCCAAAAUGAAGCAAACAGUUCUUCAAUUUCACAGCGCCUUAGGCCAAUCAGGCCUGCUCUGACACCUAAUAAUAAUUCCUCAACUUCUCCUACUGAGAAAGACUCCUUGCCAUUGCUUCAACAAUCAGACCGGGACUCAAAGUGUCCUUAUUGUGGAAAGGCCUAUAUACGCACCCACUACAUAUUCCGCCAUAUCCAAUCUUGCCCAAACCGACGACAAGAAAUUUGUUCCUUGUGUUCUCUUCCAUUCCCUAGUCAGGCUAGCUUGAUCCAGCAUGUCUCAAAAUCUCACAACAAGUUACGAAUGUAUGCCUGUGAUCUUUGUAAAGAAGUGUUCCCUGAUGUUGUCAUUUAUAAUCAGCAUGGAUGCUUCUCAAAUAAGUUGACAACCGUGCCACAGAAAUUAGACACACAGGGGAAUGAUAAAAUGGUUAAAUGUGCUCUUCCAGUCAACAUUUCUCAUCAAAUUACUGCUGUUCAAGCUUCACCCAGUACAAGCACUGUAUUUCAUUUACCUACUGGUGCCCAGGUUGUUGCAUCCACAGCCACAGGAACUCGAUCCUCAGUAACUGCCACUAAGGACUCUGUACCAGGUGGGCUUCUUCGCGCUCUGGGGCUUGAAAAUAAAACUAAUGUUUUGUUGCCAACAUUACAGAAUGCAGUAAUUUCAAUUGUUAAACCAAUAUCGGAGUCGCUUGUAAACCUUCAGAACAAUAACUCCUCUGCCUUGCCUAGGCCACAAAUAAAUUCUCCUGCUGCCCCUCUGAAGUUGCUUUCUGAGGACUUACCUGGACAGAGUGAACAGCCUCUUAAAAUUAUCAGGCUUUAUGUGAGCAAAAGAAAACAAAUUUCAGGAGGCCUCCAUGAACAAGGCAAGCAGCAGGACAAACCCACUUCUUUACGAAAGAUCAUUUUUCGAUGUCGGCAGUGUGGUGUUUCUUCUUCCCAUCCUUCACUGAAUGUUGUUCACCGCUAUUUGCACCGUGGUCGCCUUGCAUUCCGCUGCCAGUGUGGCAAAGCAUUUGUUCGUCGGCUACAUCUUCUGCGACACCAGGUGUGUCAUGCAGAGAGCAGCAGUUUCAUUUGUGCUUCUUGUGGACAGACGUUUUUAGGUGCUAACCGGUUUGCUAGGCAUAAACAGACUAAAAUGGGGCCGGUGAAAAAGAAGCAGAGUAAAAAGAAGCAGCAGCAAAGGACAAGUGAAUGCCAGACUCCUUUUUCGUGUACAUGUGGUCAUCCGUUUCUAAAGCCUGCUGCUUACCUUUGGCAUAAACUAAAGAACAGUAAGUUGAAGUCACGAUCAGAUAAAUCAACAGACAGAUGAAUUUUCACUUUCCUCCAACAAAUAUUAUUAGAGUUGAAUUGAUAUCAGUAACGAAGCCUUUCUUUGUCGAUAUGUGAUAAUACGUUUUUUUAAAUCAAAAUAAACAAUGGCCUUAUUGUUGAGCUGCAGAGCCUUUUUUAUUAAACAA